AUGAAACUAAGUAAUACGAUAUGUGGAGUUUCGUUGGGUGUAAUUUUUCUAUUUUUCUUAGGAAAUGUUGUUGGGGUACAUAUAAAUAAAGAAUUACAUAAUUUGAGUAUUGAAAGUGAGGGAAGUAUUAAAGCGGAUAAUUCUACUAAAAGUUCUUCAGGAAGUGAGGGAAGUGUUAACACAAACAAUUCUACUAAAAGUUCUUCAAGUUCUGUUAAUAAUAUCAACAAUUCGACUGUUAAAGGCAAAGAACAGGAGGUUGGUAGCCAAAAUUUAAUAGGAAAUAGAACAGGUAGUAGCAACAAUAUUACUGCAGAAAUAAAUAAUAAUAAUGUGACAAUUAAUCAAAAUAUGACAGAAAUAAAUAAAAAUGGAACAAUCAGCCAAAAUAAGACAGAAAUAAGUAGCAAUAAUAAUAGCACAGAUUCAGAAAAAUACCACAUAUAUAGUGGGGAAUUUGAUGUUAAGACAACAUUAUUUGAGAAUGGAAUUGCGUAUGAUGUAAACACUGGUUUACCAAUACUUCCAAAUUUAAUGAGCAAACUUGAAAAUGAUUAUGAUUUUGAUGAUAUGCCAGCUUUAAAGGAAGCCCUGGAAGUGGAGAUAGGAUGGAUUAUUAUUGGAAUAUGUCUAGGAUUGUUGGCUAUUAUGAUUAUUACAGUUACAACAGUCUCUGUUAUUAAACAUAGAAAGAAUAGAGCAAGAAGGGAAGCUUAA